GAAAUAUGUUAAAGUGUGCAAUUACUCUGACAAGAAUCACUAAAUCUAAUUAACUUUACCUGUUACUAUUUGAUACUGAUGAUGACCAACUGAUCAAUCAAAUAAGCUUUAAAGUUAAACUGCAUACUUAGGUACAUAAUAUGUGGGAUGAGCAAGUUCUCCUUUUUCAAAUUUUUGUUCUCUGAUACUAUUUGAAUGCAUAAAGAUUCUAUGAGUAUCAUAUUCAAAAAGCAAGAAUGAAAUUGAACACUAAGUGUGUGUUGAUGUAAAAUUUAAAUAUUUUUUAUAUAUUAGGGUAAUGCAACACCUCCGUAAUGGUGCUGGUCCUGCCUUGUUGAUGGGAGUUUUGGCAUCAAGGAAACCAUGGACACAAUUUGUAGCUACUGAAAAUUUUAAGAGUCCAGCUUCAAUACCAAGACUGACUCGUCGGUUUUAUAGAAACCUCGAAUACUUCCAAGCAAAUUAUUUGAUGGUAUCCCUGGGGCUGUUUGCUUAUUGUUUAAUAACAUCACCUUUACUGCUUAUAGCUAUUGUUGCAAGUUUCUUUGGUUAUAGAAAAUUAACUUCUGGACCCAAUACUUGGAAGAUUGGAAACUGGGAACUGACGAAAACUCAACAGUAUAUGGUGGCUGCAGGUGCUUCCAUGGUCAUCUGUUGGCUAGCUGGUGUAGGAGCUGUUCUAUUCUGGGUUCUUGGUGCGACGGUCACCGUGGUGGCUUUGCACGCGAGUUUCUUCGACGCGGAAUCGUUGCCGCCCACCGACGGCUCGGAACAGUUUGCCAUGAUCGAGCAAGUCUGACAGAACCAACUGCCACUGUUCUUGCCUCCAGAACUAACCCGAAUUACGCCACCACAGCAUACUCACAGUAUACUCUCCUAAGUGUUCCUUAAACCGCUUAAUAAAUAAAAUAAAACAGCGCGGCGGUUUAAUACAAGAAAACGUUUAUCUUUACGACAGAAAAUAAUUUUUGUACAGUGUUGCCAUAUUUGAUUAUUUUCGAAUGGUAGAGAAUGAAAUGUUUUAAGUAAAAAUAAUAAAAUAGACAAAUAAGGCACAUGUCGUUCAAGUAACUUUAUGACGUCCCUGUCGUUUCGAACUUCAUCUAAAUCCACUUACUCACUGUGAUGCGGUGAUAUUAGAUUUUAUUCAUACGUGUUUUCUUUCUUUACAUUACUAAACCAUUAUAAAUGUACUUCACCAAUGUAGGUUGAUAACCAGUUGGACGAU